CGGGUCGGAACCGCUCGGCAGAGCUCGGGCCGGGUCGGAACCGCUCGGCAGAGCUCGGGCCGGGCUCGGCUCUGUCCGGCUGAGCUCGGCAAGGAUCGGGAAGGUUCGGCAGAGCUCGGAACGGGCUCGGCUCUGCUCGGCUGAGCUCGGGAGGUUCGGCCCGGCCCGGUUCGGCCUGGCUUGGUUCGGCGCGGCCCGCUCGGCUUCCUUCGGCCUCGCUCGGCUCAGCUCGAUCUGUUCGGCUUCUCUCGGCUCGGUUCGGCUCCGUUGGACUCUCUUCGGUUCGGUUCGUCUGGGCCCGGCCCUGCCCGGUCGCCGCCGCACCGGGCCCGGUAACGCUCCGACCGCAUCCCCGGUGCGGGCCCGAGCCCGGCCCCGGUAACGCCCCGGGAGGAGGGGGGAGGGAGGGAGCGAGCAUCCUCCGCCGCUCGGUCCGCAGCACGGCCGGGACCGGGGGCAGCCCCGGGGGACCGUGACAGUGGGGACAUGUCGUGACAGUGGAGACAUGUCGUGACAGUGGAGACAGAGCCACCCCGCACCGUGACCCAGGGACACCCUGGACACCAGGACCGAACCCCCAGCCGUGACACAGGGAGCACCGGGGCACAAAGCCACUCCAUGUCGUGACACCGGGGCACCAGAGCCGCCCCGGCAGUGACACUGGGUGCACGCCAGGGCUCUUGAUGACAGCGCGGUGACACCGAGCACCCCGCACCGUGGCACAGGUGAGCAGGCAGAUCGGCAGGUGCUGUGACACCAUGGGACCCUGUGCCUGGCACCUGCCGUGACACUGGGUGACCAAACCACCCUGUGCCGUGACUCCUGGGCGGGCCUUGAGCCUGCACUGUGCUGUGACACUGGCGGACCAAAGCCAGCCUGGACUGUGACAAGUGAUCAACCAGCCUGGCGCCUGCCGCCGGGUGACCAAAGCCACCUUGGACUGUGAUGCCAAGUGACCAAGCCUCUGCACCAUGACAGCUGGUGAACCCUCAGCGUGGCGCUUGCUGUGACACCGUGUGCUGUGACACUGGGUGACCAAGCCACUCCACAUUGCGGCACCAUGUGACUGAAGCCUCCCCGCACUCUCCACGCUGCACUGUCCCGUCAUGCCGCCAUCCUGUCACCCCUGCGUGGCCAUGCGUGCCCCCGUGGCGCCGCUGUCCCUGCUGCUGGCGCUGUCCCUGCUGUCCCCGUGGGGGUGCGCGGGCGGGAGCUGCCCCCCGCGCUGCGUCUGCGCCUCCAACCUGCUGAGCUGCUCGCAGGCCAACAUGAGCGUGGUGCCGGCGCCGCUGCCGCGCUUCACCGCCGUGCUGGACUUGAGCCACAACAACGUGACGCGGCUGCGGGCGGACUGGGCGCCGGCGCGGCUGCCGCACCUGCACGCGCUGCUGCUGAGCCACAACGGGCUGGCCUUCGUGUCCACCGAGGCCUUCGCCCACGUGCCGCGCCUGCGCCACCUCGACCUGUCCUCCAACCGCCUGCGCACGCUGGACGAGAACCUGUUCAGCGACCUGGGCGAGCUGGAGGUGCUGCUGCUGUACAACAACGAGAUCGCCACGGUGGAUCGCACGGCCUUCGAGAACCUGGGCCGGCUGCGCAAGCUCUACCUGGGGCAGAACCGCAUCGCCCGCUUCCCGCUGGAGCUGCUGCGGGAGGGCACCCGGCUGCCGCAGCUGGCGCUGCUGGACCUGUCGGCCAACCGGCUGCGGGCCGUGCCCGCGGGCGAGCUGCAGGCGCUGCCCGCCUGGCUGCGCGACCGCCUCUACCUGCACAACAACCCCCUGGCCUGCGACUGCCUGCUCUUCCAGCUGCUGGACCGCGGCCGCCGCCGCCACCUCAGCGCCGUGGAGGAUUUCCAGGAUGAGCUGCGCUGCUUCCAGCCCGGAGGGACCGCUUUCGUCAAGAUCCUGGAGCUGGCGGGCAAGCCGCCGCUCAACUGCAGCAGGGCGCGGGAGGCCGUGCUGGAGGCGCACCUCGGGGACAGCGUGACGCUGGGCUGCGACAGCCGGUGGCAGGGCGUGCGCGGCCGGCACUGGGUGACACCGGGCGGGGAGCGGGUGCUGGGGGAAGGGGGCAAUGGCAGCGUGGUGCUGCUGGCCAACGGCAGCCUUCAGCUGCGGGCGCUGCGCCCUGAGGACGCCGGCACGUACUCCUGCUGGGUGGCCGGACCCCUCCUCAAUGAGACCCUCUACGUGGAGCUGCUGGUGCACAACUUCACCCUGCACGGCCCCCACGACACGCUGAACACAGCCUACACCACUCUGGUGGGCUGCAUCCUGAGCGUGGUGCUGGUGCUCAUCUACCUGUACCUCACCCCGUGCCGCUGCUGCUGCUGCCGUGGCACCGAGAAGCCGCCGGCGCCGCGCGACGACAGCAUCAACUCCUCGGUGCUGAGCACCACCCCGAACCACGCCGGGGGCACCGGGGAGCCCUGCCCUUCCCACGCCGCCCCCGGGGCUGGCACAGGGCAGAACGGCAGGUUCAAGGGUGGGGGGACGCCCCCGCUGCCUGCCCGGCAGGGCCCCAAGGCGCAGAGGAAGGUGUCGGAUCCAGACUCGGUGAGUUCCGUCUUCUCCGACACGCCCAUCGUGGUGUGAGGGGACGCUGUGGGGACAGUCCCCAGGGACACCCCGUGUCAGCCACUGCAAGCUGUCCCUGGGCAGGAGGGAUGGCCAGACCCCUACUGCCGUGUCCCCAGCUCGGGGGGUCACACCAUCACACCUGAGCAUCGCUGCUGGCUCCCGCCGAGGUCACUGACACCAUGGACAGUGAGGGACAAAGAUGUGACACGCUUUGGGGACAGUCUCCCACCGUGACCUGUCCCACCACCAUGGUCCCAGCUUUUGGGGGUCCCACGAUCAACCCCCAGGACUGAGCAUCAUCCCACACCUCCAUUGAGGUCACAAAGGGACCGUGAGGGACGCACGGGUGUGAGGAGACACACCACGGGACAGUCCACUGGGACACCCUGUGUUCCUACAGCUGCUGUGACCUGUUCCCCGUGGACACGCCACGGGCAGAAGGGGUGGCUGGACCCCAUCUGCCACGUCCCCAACUUGGGGGGCAUUGCCCCCAGGACGGAGCAUCGCUGCUGGGCCCCACCGAGGUCACUGCGCAACCGCAAGGGACAAGGAUGUGACACCAUGGGGCAGUCCCCCACUGUCACCUGUCACCAGGCAGGAAGGGUGGCCAGACCCCCACCAUCAUGUCCCAGCUUUUGGGGGUCCCAUCAUCACCCCCCAGGACUGAGCAUCAUCCCCGGCCCCUGCCGAGAUCACUGAGGGACCGCGAGGGACACAAGGGUGAGAGGGGACACACCAUGGGGAGUCCUCAGGGACACCCCGUGUCCCCACUGCCACUGCAAGCUGUCCCCAGGCUGCAGGGGUGGCUGGACCCCCAUCAGCGUGUCCCCAGCUUUUGGGGAUCCCACAUCACCCCUCGGGACUGAGCAUCAUCCCUGGCCCUGCCACGGCCACCGGGGGACUGCAGUGACCCAAGGGUGUGAGGGGACACACCAAGGGGACAAUCUCCUGCUGUGACCUGUCCCUGGGCAGGAGGGAUGACCAGACUCCCACCACCGUGUCCCUCGUUUUUGGGGGUCCCACCAUUGCCCUCAGGAGUGAGCAUCGCUGCUGGCCCCUGCCAAGCUCCCUGCAGGACCACAGGACAAGUCUCGGUGAGGACAGCGUGGCCACCAACUGCAGGGCACCAGCCCCACCAGGCACUGGAGGACUGAGGGACAGUGACAGUGGCAGCUGUGAGCCCCCAGGAGCGGCAGCACCGGGCAGAACCCCUCCCUGCAGCCCUGGCCCCCCAUUCCCCCUGCCCCCCUUGGCAUGUGCAUGGCCAAGCAUGAGUCCCCCGGGGAGCAUGUGCCACCCCCGUGGGGACACCGGGGGUGUGUCAGACCCCUGGGGAACCCCCAACACCUCCUGACCCCCCCUGCAACCCGCAGCUGCAAACAGAGCCCCCUCCCCCGCAGGGGGUGGGACCGGGGGGCUCCUGCACCCCAAAAAGGGGGUGCCCCCCUGCCAUGGGUGUCCCCAUGCCAGCCCAGCCUGUGACUCCCGUGCCCCACCCCGGACGUUCCCCCGCACCGGGCAAUGCCCACCGAUGUCUUGGCCAAAAUAAAUGUGUUUCCCUCGC